CUAAUCUAUGCUUCACUAUAGCCUAUUUGGAGUGUCCCCCCCUGAUUGGAGUAUCAAAAUGUUGUAAGGUGCAAUAGACCUAGAGAGAUUUUAAUUGAUAUUCAUCUGGAUGGCGUGACUAUAUUGAAAAGUUCCAAGCUCCAAUUAUGGCCAAUUAUGGGUAAAAUCUACAGCUCAGAUUUUGAAACAUCAUUCUUCGUUGGUGCACAGGCUUUCUAUGAAAAACUGAAAUCUAUAUCUGAAUACCUACACCAGUUCUGCGAGGAAUGCUCAAGGCUUGCUGUUGAUGGCUUUGAUUUUGAUGAAGACCAUUAUUCAAUAAGGAUCAGAGCUAUUAUCACUGACUCGCCAGCAUGGUCUCUUGCUACUUGUACGAAACCUUACAAUGGAUUUUACGGCUAUGAAAAAUGUUUCGCACGUGGCACCCGUAUAACUUGGACAACUGUAUUUCUUGAGAUGGAUUGCAAGCUGAGAACUGAUGUAAACUUCAAAGAUAGAACUCAAAUACAGCAUCACCUAGAUAAUUCACCUUUUGAAGAAUUGGGACUUGGAAUGGUCACGCAAUUUUCAUUGGAUUACAUCCAUCUAGUGUAAUUCACAUCUUGGUUUGUCAGUAUCCACCACAAUGAAACAACGUUUCACUCAGAACAAAAGUUUCACAAUGGACAAAUCAUCUUAUCCUAAUCUGUCGAGUGGAAAGGUACAGAGCAUGCAGAAACUCUCGAACGUCAAGAAACGUGCUGCAGAUCACCAGGAACAAGAUGCUAUAAACAAUCAACAAAAGUUAACGACUUAUCUGCCCUUCAUCAUUAUUCCAGCCAAGAAUUACAGUGAUAUUGUACAGUUGAACAGUACUGUACAAAAUCAGCCCUAGCCGCAAGCUCGAAAAUCCCAAGAUUCGACAAUCGACGUUCCAGUACCAGCACGAAAAAUGUGUCUUUCAAUGAUGUUAUCGAUACUGAAAUCAGAUGCUCGUGUAUGCUGAUGUCAAUCCAGAUUCACAAGACGAAAAGAUGGACUACGAUAAUAUUGAGAUACUCGACGACGACUUAUUGCUGGAAGAAGCAGUAGAACGAGGAACGUAUUACUCGUCAGAUUUCGAGGGAUUGAAUGACAGCGCAAAGAAAAUGAUAGAUGACGAUCAGAAUAAUAAUUCAUCCAAUUAUUCAAACAAUUCGACUGAAGGUCGGGAACCGUUAGAAAACACUGAAGAGAUUAUUUCUUACGAUCGUCGAAUGGAGCCGAUCAAUCAGAAAGAUGUAGGAGUGUGUAGAAAUGUGCGACGAAACGUGUGUUCUGAUCAAUGUAAACCGCAUAAAUUGAAUGAAAUCAUCGAACUACUUAACGCUUCUGAUUACAAGGUAGGAAAGGCUAACGUGAUCGACUUCUCACGACUAGAAAGUUUUCCGCUGCAAUUGAUUAAGGCUGUUGAAGACUUUGAAAAAAAGUUGAAGGAGGACGAGUCUCUAUUGGAGCUAUACGUAAAUAUUAAAUUCAAUUGAAAUUAAAGCUCGCUGUUAUUUUAUAAUUAUUUUCACUAUCAUAGUGUACCUAUUGACUUUGAGAAAACGAAGAUUGGUAGAAUCGGUGGCGCAAUAAUCCCGAAACUGCCGUUCGAAGUGCAUUGAAAGCUGUCUUCACUGACGAGGUAGCGGUACGGUAUUCGUGGACUGGAAUGAAGAAAACCACAAGAUUUCGCAACACAAAAUUGUCGAUGGAAUAAUCGGUAAUUGUUAUCCCUACCGUCCUUCACCUCAAUUGAGUGAUAUAAAACUAAAAUUCGUCUCGUCGUCGCAUGUGAUCUUUCAACUAACUAUUCUUUGCAACUAUUCUUUGAUACCAGCGAAAGAAGGAUUCCAAAGCGAUGGAAAAAUAGUCCUCUUCUUUGACUUAUUUAAAACUACUUUUUGUUACUUACUUCCUCUUCACUUUGUUAAUUUAUUUUAACUAUAGAUUUUUGUGUUCAUAUAUUCCUUAAAAAUGUCAAGAUUAAUAUCUGAUUUUUUAGCUGUCUCGUGAUUGGCUACAAUAGCGUCACGCGAUAUUCUAUCGACAUCAUCUAACUUCUAUGUCAGAAUUUCUAUUUCUUAUUUUUCAUAUGAUUAUUUCAUAUAAUUCAUAUAAUAUGCGGUCUCGUGGAACGAUGAUGCGACUCGUAUGACAUGCCGUAUGAUAUUUGUAUUGGCAACAUUGCGAUCACUGACAGCUAUUUCACGGACCGUCAACUCGCUUUCGUUGGCUUCGUUUCGUAGUUCUUAAAACGUGAUGAUUAAUAUCUGUGAUUGUUAAUAUAAGACUUUAAAUUAAUUCAAUAUAAAAUAGAUUUGUAUUGAUGCAAAUAUAGAACGAUUAUUAAUGAAA